AUGGCUGCGCCAUCUCACAGACCAAUUCCAGCACAGUCGUCCCCGCCGCCUGCUGCGGCGACUGCCUCUGCUAUUCUCGAGAAGACUCACCCUGGCGUGCGCCGCUCUACCCCCGACUCGGAUGCGCUUGCUUCUUCAGAUGACGAUGGAGACCAUGUGGGCCAAGCUCAGAACAUAAUCCCACCUAGUACCCGACCACCGGCCCGCCGAACCUCGUGGCUGAACGAAGUACCACUUUCAGCACAACGCAAACACUCCCUGCCGGGCGGUCACCUUUCAUCUGCUCCUUCCAAUCCUACCAGUCCUGCCACAGAACAGGCCCCCUGGGCGACAAACACAAGCCCCGGAAUUCCUGGCUCGUUCGGGUGGAAUCAAGCCGGCGGAAGCUCUUUCCCCUGGACUGGUACAGGCAUUUGGAAUACUGAAUCACGAAAGGAACCCCCAUCUCGCUUGUCUGAAAUGGUCCCUUCUCCCACUAUGACGAACCCGCCUCCCGUGAGCACCAUGCAAGAUGACAUGCUGAGCCCGAUCACUCGCACCAUUUCUGGUGAAUCUACUAUUCCAUUCUCUAUUCCGCUACACCCUACUCCUAAAACCUAUCGAUCCCAGUCCUAUUCUGUCGGCCAGAUGGAUCCUGAGUUCCUUGGCCUGCCCGGGAAGAAUGGCGCGGGCGCUGGUAAUGGUCAAUUUGCGGGUCGCUCGCGCGCACCAGGGCAGAUGUCAGCUGUUCAGCCUCGGACAUCACGUCCCAGUGUUCUAGGCGAACUAGGACACGAUCCUGCCAUGCUUGGUCAGGUCCGCGAGGACGAUGAUGGCGACGAAAGCCUCAACGGCUCUGACGGUGAUAUGAGCUAUUCGGCUAAUCAGGCCCGAAGGAUCGAGCAGCUGGCACGCGAGAACGCACUCUUGCGACAACAAGCAGCAGCAGCAAAUCAAACAGACAACAGAUUCCGUGAGCGUGCUGGAUCAGCUGUAUCUCUUGGUGGAGGAGCUCAUUCAUUGCAUCGCAUUAGAGGCGGUGUCCCAGAGGAAGACUUGGCUGUGGAGGAUCUGGGAGUACUGCGCGAUCUCUCUGAAUUUAACAUGCACGGCAACAAUAGACGUCGCUUCUCUGAACAUUCGCCCCAACCAGAAGCGCCAUUUUCAUCCAUCGCUCCCCCGCUUGAGAACCGUGCUCUAGAAAACGUGCGCAAGGCUCACUGGCAGACUUCUCUCGGCUUUGGACGGAUGGCCGAUAUGCCUCAGAGCCGUCGUCACUCGUUCGCGGAUAUCCCGAUUCGUCAUGGUUCUAUGGGGUCGGUUGAUGUCCUUAACUCUGCUGCCCCGCGCGCAGCGAUGGGAGAUCGUGAUGAUACUUAUGGAGUCAAUGACUACGCUAAUCAAUCGUACUAUCCCCGUGAGCAGACAUUGCGUGGCGAUGGCUCUUCGGGCAUCCCUACUACUCUCAACCAGUACGCCAUGGGUGCAUAUGGCCGUCAGCAACCCGCGUUGUCCCACGCACAUCAACAUCAGCUUCUAUAUCUCGUCACGUUCAAGUGUCACCGCGCAGACGUUUUCUAUAUCCAAGAAGACACCGGUCUCCAAGUGAAUAAGGGCGACUUGGUUAUUGUUGAGGCAGACCGGGGCACAGAUCUGGGCACUGUUCAACAUGCCAACAUCUCCCUCCAAAAGGCCCGAGAGAUGAAGCAACAAUAUGCCGAAGAGCACUACAAGUGGCUUAUGAUGUUUUCUCGACAGGGUCAGCUUGAAGGUUCCAAUGUCACAGCCCCCGCAAACCCAAAUGCUAGAAGUGCCACUGGUGGCAUGGGUCCUCACGGACCACAUAGUGUGCAGGAGCCUACAGCCGAACUCAAGCCUAAGCUCAUCAAGCGCCUGGCGCAGCCCCACGAGAUUCUAACUCUGCGUGACAAGGAAGGAAACGAGGCCAAGGCCAAGCGUGUCUGCCAGCAAAAGGUUGUGGAGCAUCGUUUGAACAUGGAGAUUCUGGAUGCUGAGUUCCAAAUGGACUGGAAGAAGCUUACGUUCUACUACUUUGCGGAUUCAUAUAUCAACUUCAACUCGCUAGUUACAGACCUCUUCAAAAUCUACAAGACUCGCAUCUGGAUGUCAGCCAUCAACCCCGCUUCAUUUGUGACUCCUCCAACCCCUGGUCUACCUGGCCCUGGCCCUGGCCAAAUUACCAACCCCCUCUAUACCCAAGAGAACCCUGACCGUCGUCAUCAACAUGAUGGCAGACAGUAUGGAGCGCGCGACCCUGCCGAUACAACCCGUGACAUGCAGAAUCCAGUUGGCUUGAUGCGUACGGCGUAUGGCGACUCCUACCAACCUUUCAACCAAUCUACCCGCCAACAAGAUUCAUCUCAGUCGGAUCCAUUCGCCCCAUAUGCUUCGAGUGGCUAUGGUCUCGACGGAGCAUUUGAUUAUGGCUCCGCUGGUGCUGCAUCAAACAGUGCCUCACGCAUGCACCCGGGGCAGGGUGAAUGGGUCGGCCGAUUCCAAGGUCUAUCCCUCAACUCCUGA